CAUAAUUGUUGGCUACGAAGAUGUAGCAUAACUACACAGUACUGAUCUUGAAGCUGUCAUUGUACGGCGGUCAGCUGUGAAAUACCCUGGUCUGCCGGUGGUUUUGGAACGGUGCUGACUACCGCUGGCGACGGACUGAUACAAAUGUUGCGACUGGUGAAGAGGUGGAUGACGGGGCCUGGCUGGGCGGUCUUCGUUGAGCUUGUCCGGGUCCCUUACGGGUUUAGGGUGGUGUUGGUGAAGCUGGGGCGCUGGUGAUCGGUCAGGUAGGGAGGUGCAGUGUGAACUGAGGAACUGAGGCGUACCAUGGAUCAAGGCGAAAUGGUGUGUUACAGCCCAGUAUACUUGUCACAACGCUAGCAAUAAGUUAUUUAUUUAUAUUUACUUUCUUCUCUUCUCUUCUCUUCUUGCCUUCCUUUCCUUCUUCGACUUGUUCUUUGCCUCUUUCUGUAUUUGGCACAGUCGAACCAACUCGGUUUGCAUGCCCCGCUUCCUUGCAUCUGCAUGCAUCCACAUCUGCGCGCCGCCCGCCGGCUCUUUCCAACCUUCAUGUUAUGACCCCUCCAUCUGAGACAUCCCGGCAGCCGUUGACAACACCAAGGAUGCAACUGAACGUUUCGCCAGAAAGCGCCGCCGCUUUGAAGGCGGAUAGAACGAUACGGUGUCUGCUCGACGUGAAGUACCAGCCAGCCACCGCUUCGCGUCACUCCUCGGUGGCCAUCGCGUAUGCCAAGGACUUGGUAGCCGAGUUCACCACCGCCAUCCUCGCUCAGCUCGGCGGCCGCCAGCCCGCCGCCGCCGCAGUCGAAGCGGCACCCCCCUCCUCCAACAACGCCGACCAGCCAACGGCAAACACCACCCAGCUGAACGCCGUGCAGCUGCGCCGCAGCCGCAUGCUCGUCUGCUUCGACCUGUUUCUCGCCGACUGCGGGCCCGAGACGCGCAAGCAGGUGGACGCCAGCACCGAGCGGCCCAUCCACGCGGUCUUUCUCAAGCCCCAAGACGACAGGUAUCAGGUGAACAGGAACCCGGCUCUGGAUCGGCGGGUGGCGCGGGAGUAUGCGCGGCUGUGGACCGUCGACAGAGGCCCGCGCCCGUUCUUUACCGACGACCUGAACCCGCCGUUUUAUGACGAUGGGUUUCGCAUCGAGGAUAACCUGGACGAGCUGUAUCCGGGGUGGAGGUCGAGAGAGGGGGCUGUGAGGAUGGGCGUGCCCGAGCCGGAACGUAGGCGGCCGGCCCACUGGGAUGCCGAGUCGGAUGAUGCCGAGUCGGAUGAUGCCGAGUCGGAUGAGGUUAAGUCGGAUAAAGAGGAGGAGGGAGACCAAUAGUUGCCCCGAGGCAGGUAAAGCAGGUAGG